UCAGUGUGCCCUGAAAAUCAGUGUACCCCAGCAGUGCCACCUGUCAGUGUCCAUCAAUGCCAGCUGUCAGUGCUCAUCAAUGCCACCUGCCAGUGCCCAUCAGUGCCACAUCAAUGCCACAUAUCAGUGCCCAUCUGAGCUGUUUUCAGUGGCACCUAUCAGUGCCAGUCAGUGGCACCUAUCAGUUCCAGUCAGUGCCACCUAUCAGUGCUGCCAAUCAGUGCUGCCUAUCAGUGCCAGUCAGUGCCGCCUAUCAGUGUCAGUCAGUGCCGCCUAUCAGUGCCCAUCAGUGCUGCCUAACAGUGCCAUCAGUGUCGCCUAUCAGUGCCAGUCAGUGCCGCCUAUCAGUGCCAUAUAUGAGUGCUGCCUUUCAGUGCCCAUCAGUGAUGCCUGUCAAUACCCAUCAGUGCCACCUACCAGUGCCUCCUCAUCCGUGCUCAUCAGUUACACCUAUCAGUGCCCACCAGUGCAGCCUAUCAGUGCCCAUCACAGCAGCCUCAUUAGCGCACAUCAGUGAAGGAGAAAAAUCACUUAUUUACAAAAUGUUAUAA